AUGUCUGUGCGCUUUUCUUCUGCAUCCAGACGGCUUGGUUCUUGUGGGGGAGCGGGCUCUUUGAGGCUCUCUAGUGGGGGAGCAGGCUUUGGGGCUGGAAAUGCAUGCGGUGUGCCGGGCAUUGGAAGUGGCUUCUCUUGUGCCUUUGGGGGCAGCUCAUCUGCAGGAGGCUACGGCGGGGCAAGUGCUUCUUGUGCUGCCUUCACUGGGAAUGAACACGGACUCCUCUCUGGCAAUGAGAAGGUGACCAUGCAGAACCUCAACGACCGCCUGGCCUCCUAUCUGGAGAAUGUUCGAGCCCUAGAGGAAGCCAAUGCUGACUUGGAGCAGAAGAUCAAGGGGUGGUAUGAGAAAUUUGGACCUGGCUCUUGCCGCGGUCUUGAUCAUGAUUACAGCAGAUUCUUCCCAAUAAUUGAUGACCUUAGGAACCAGAUAAUUUCUGCAACUACAGUUAAUGCCAAUAUUGUCCUGCAAAAUGAUAAUGCGAGACUGACAGCUGAUGACUUCCGACUAAAGUUUGAAAAUGAAUUGGCCCUGCACCAGAGCGUUGAUGCAGAUAUCAACGGUUUGCGCAGAGUCCUGGAUGAGUUGACCUUGUGCAGAACGGACCUGGAGAUCCAGCUAGAAGCUCUGAACGAGGAGCUGGCUUACCUCAAGAAGAAUCACCAGGAGGAAAUGAAGGCUCUGCAGUGUGCAGCUGGAGGCAACGUGAACGUGGAGAUGAACGCGGCCCCCGGCGUGGACCUCACGGUUCUGCUCAACAACAUGCGAGCAGAGUACGAGGCCCUGGCGGAGCAGAACCGCAGGGACGCGGAGGCCUGGUUCAACGAAAAGAGCGCUUCGCUGCAGCAGCAGAUCUCUGAUGACGCUGGCGCCACUACCUCAGCUCGGAAUGAACUCACUGAGAUGAAACGUACCCUUCAAACCCUGGAGAUUGAACUUCAGUCCCUCUUAGCAACGAAACACUCCCUGGAGUGCUCCUUGACAGAGACCGAGGGCAACUACUGCACGCAGCUGGCGCAGAUCCAGGCUCAGAUCGGGGCCCUGGAGGAGCAGCUGCACCAGGUCAGAACCGAGACGGAGGGCCAGAAACUCGAGUACGAGCAGCUCCUCGACAUCAAGGUCCACCUGGAGAAAGAAAUUGAGACCUACUGCCGCCUGAUAGAUGGAGAUGAUGGCUCUUGUUCUAAAUCAAAAGGCUACAAAGGACCAGGAAAUCAGAUAAAAGAUUCAUCUAAAACCACCAUCGUUAAAACAGUUGUUGAAGAAAUUGAUCCUCGUGGCAAAGUUCUCUCGUCCAGAGUUCAAACUGUGGAAGAAAAAUCCACCAAAAUCAGCAAGAGUGAACAGAAGGUGCCUUCCUGAACUCAAGCACCCGAAAAGAAUGGCCCUUGAAUUACAAUGCCUAAUUGAAACUAGUUUCCUAAGGAAGGGCCCUCUUAUUUUUCUGCUUUUCUUCCGGGGAAUUAAGACAAGCUGUUUUUAGAGUAGUAAUAUUUCCUUGGCUUUCUCUAUGGUGAUGUUUCAAUAAAAGUUCUUCCUGUGGCAAAUCA